GUGCAUCUGAGUGCUUGGUGUUUGGUACUGUAGAUGGCAGUUGUAUGGAAUAUAUUUACAACUUUUUGUCGCAAAUCACGUUUUGUCGCCGAAGUCGUGUCGAGAAACGCGAAGAGCGCCAAGCUAGUGCGGUCCGCCGGUAAGCUGUUGCCCGCGAUAAUGGAGGUGAGCACGCAGACGGGCGCGGUGGGCGACGCGCAGGUGGAGUGCAUCGUGGUGCUGCGCGCCUUCUCCCCGGGACCGGGGCCCCCGCCGGAGCAGGCGCACAGCGGCGCCGACGACGACGAUGACGCUCUGCAGAAUGACGACACACGGGACACAGAAACAAAAGAUGAAGAUUCAAGUCAGCCUUCUGAAGACAAUGUGCCUCAAACAUCAACUACGUCUUCUGAGGAAACACAGAGAAAGAGCAUUCCUACAGCCAAAAAAAGAACAGCUCAGGAAAUGGUGAGAGAUACUCGAGUUGAGGAAGGUUAUCAGAUUUUAAUAACUGUUAGCAACAGAGAUGAAUGGAGUGUGUAUGGAGAGUUCAUCGCCAAUGAACUGAGAAAUUUUUCCCUCACAACACAAACGUUUGUGAAACACAUCACAGGAAAUGUGCUAUUCAGAGCGGCGUUGGGGGAGUGUGAGAAACGAACUCCCAGCAUCACACCAUUAGUGUUUUCCAUAUUGGAAAACUGUGCAGAAGCUAACUGCAUUAUAUACGUUGACAAUGAUACUGGUGAGAGUGAAGAAUUCAUUGAAGUACCAGGCACAUCAGAAGAUCUCCAUCAAUUUUUGCGAUUUAAAAAAUAA